ACCUCAGAAUGCCACUGGUGCUUAGCACCUAUCCGCUGUCCGGCCUGCCUCUGUGUUCUACGGCAGUUACACACAGGCAGUGGUGUUUGUGAGCACCAGUUUUCUGGCUUUCUCCCUGAGGUUUUCUCCCUGAGAGGCAUACAUAACCCAGGCCAGCUGAUCAGAAUCAGGAUGGACGUGGAGGAUGCGGAUAGUUGGCAGGCGCAGGAGUGAGAGGACAUCAUCAGAAAAUAUGCAAAGGGGCACCGAGCUGGGCUGCCAGAGGACAAGGGGCCUGUGCUUGUUGGGAUCUAUGGCAACAUCGACUACUUGGGGAUUAUGCAUGAGACGGAGCUGCCUCCUCUGACUGCGCGGGAGGCAAAGCGAAUUCGGCGGGAGACAAGGAGAAACAGCAAGUGGCUGGAGAUGCUGGGCAAAUGGGAGAUGUACAAGAACAGCGAAAAGCUCAUAGAUCGCACAUACAAGGGGAUUCCCAGGAACAUCCAGGGCCGGGCAUGGUCAGUCCUCCUGAACAUUCAGGAAAUCAAAUCAAAAAACCCCGGCAAAUACAAGCUCAUGAAGGAGAAGGGCAAGAGGUCAUCUGAACACAUCCAUCAGAUCCACCGGGAUGUUAGCAGGACUCUCCAGAACCAUGUCUUCUUCAGGCGUCGAUAUGGAGCCAAGCAGCGGGAACUCUUCUACAUACUCCUGGCAUAUGCGGAGUAUAACCCGGAUGUGGGCUACCGCAGGAACCUGAGCCACGCCGCCGCCUUGUUCCUCCUGUAUCUGCCUGAGGAGGACGCAUUCUGGGCACUGGUGCAGCUGCUGGCCAGUGAGAGGCACUCCCUGCAGGGAUUCCACAGCCCAAAUGACGGGACAGUCCAGUGGCUCCAAGACCAUCAGGAGCAUGUGGUACCCACGUCACAACCCAAGACCAUGUGGCAUCUGGACCAGGACAUAGACGCUGGUCUAUGCGGGCAGCAUCUCUCGUUAGGCUGGCUUCUCCGGACGUUAAUGAAGAUCUCUCUCGGGCUGACCCUGCGCCUGUGGGACGUUUACCUGCUACAAGGAAAACAAGCACUGAUGCACAUGACCACCAUUGCAUUCGAGGUGCAGAAGAAGCGCCUCAAGGAGACCAGUUCCGGCCUGUGCGCAUGCAUUGCGAGCCAGUUCUGCAAUCACUGGGCCAGGGAUGAUGACACGGUGCUCAAGCACCUCAGGGCCUCUGUGAACAAACGAGGGAGGAAGCAAGCGGACCUGCCACCCCCAGCCAAAGCCGAGCAAGGGUCCUCGGCACCCAGGCCUGUGCCGGCUUCACGUGACGGCAAGACCCUCUGCAAGGGGGACAGGCAGGCCCCUCCAGGCCCACCAGCCCAGUUCCACCAGCCCAUUUGGUCAGCUUCCCCGCCAAGGGCACCUCGUUCUUCCACACCCCGUCCUGGUGGGGCUGUCUGGGAAGACACCUACCCUGUGGGCACUCAGUGUGUGCUCAGCCCGGCCCUGGCUCAGGGAGGACCUCAGGGUUCCUGGAGACUGCUGCGGUGGAACGCCAUGCCCUGUCUCCCGACGGACCUGGAUGUAGGGGACCCUUGGUUUUUCCAUUAUGAUUUCGAACAGAGCUGCAGGGUCCGUGCCAUAUCCCAGGAGGACCAGCUGGCCACCUGCUGGCAGGCUGAACACUCUGCCGAGGGAGUGAGAUUGGCUUUCGCUGCACCCAGCACUGAUUCCGACCAGGACACCUCCUUCCCAGCUAGGGACGAGGAGCAGUGCACUCCCACCUCAGGGCCUUAUUAUUUAGUUAAUAGGAUUGUACUCAUGUUACAUUUCUCAAUUUUUUUUAAGAGAUAAAGUCUCACUCUGUCACCCAGGCUAGAGUGCGGUGGUGCAAUCAUGGCUCACUGCUUCCUGGAACUCAUGGGCUCCAGCAAUCCUCCUGCCUCAGCCUCCUGACUAGGUGGGACUAUAGGCACACGCCACCGUGCCUGGCUAAUUUCUUUGACUUUUCUCUAGAGACAGGGUCCACCCAUGUUUCCCAGGCUGGUCUCAGACUUCUAGACUCAAGUGAACCUGAACCUCCCGCCUCGACCUCUCAAAUUGCUGGGAUUACAGGUGUGAGCCACCACACCCGGCCUUAAUUUCUUAUGUGCCAUGCUACUACAAAACAUCAUUAGGGCUUCCUUCCCCUCCCUCCCUCCCUUCCUUCCUUCCUUCCGUCCCUCCUUCCCUCCUUCCCUCCCUCCCUCCCUCCCUCUGUGGCCCCCGCUGCAGUAAACUCCCUGGGAAGAAGUGAGGAGCGCCUCUGCCCAUCCACCCAUCGUCCGGGAUGUGAGGAGCACCUCUGCCCGGCCGCCCCGUCUGGGAAGUGAGGAGCGCCUCUGCCCGGCCGCCACCCCGUCUAGGAAGUGAGGAGCGUCUCUGCCCGGCCACCCCAUUUGGGAAGAAGUGAGGAGUGCCUCUGCCCGGCCACCCAUCGUCUGGGAAGAAGUGAGGAGCGCCUCUGCCCGGCCGCCCCGUCUGGGAAGUGAGGAGCACCUCUGCCCGGCCACCCCGUCUGGGAAGUGAGGAGCACUUCUGCCCAGCCGCCCCUUCUGGGAUGUGAGGAGCGCCUCUGCCCGGCCACCCAUCGUCUGGGAUGUGAGGAGCGCCUCUGCCCGGCCACCCCGUCUGGGAAGUGAGGAGCGUCUCUGCCCGGCCACCCCAUCUGGGAAGAAGUGAGGAGCGCCUCUGCCCGGCCACCCAUCAUCUGGGAAGUGAGGAGCGCCUCUGCCCGGCUGCCCCGUCUUGGAAGUGAAGAGCCCCUCUGCCCGGCCGCCAUCCCAUCUAGGAAGUGAGGAGCGUCUAUGCCCGGCUGCCCCGUCUGUGAAGAAGUGAGGAGUGCCUCUGCCCGGCUGCCCCGUCUUGGAAGUGAAGAGCCCCUCUGCCCGGCCGCCACCCCAUCUAGGAAGUGAGGAGCGUCUAUGCCCAGCCGCCCCGUCUGUGAAGAAGUGAGGAGCGCCUCUUCCCGGCCACCCAUCAUCUGGGAAGUGAGGAGCGCCUCUGCCCGGCUGCCCCCUCUUGGAAGUGAAGAGCCCCUCUGCCCGGCCACCACCCCAUCUAGGAAGUGAGGAGCGUCUAUGCCCGGCUGCCCCGUCUGUGAAGAAGUGAGGAGUGCCUCUGCCCGGCUGCCCGGCUUGGAAGUGAAGAGCCCCUCUGCCCGGCCGCCACCCCAUCUAGGAAGUGAGGAGCGUCUCUGCCCGGCCACCCCAUCUGGGAAGAAGUGAGGAGCGCCUCUGCCCGGCCACCCAUCAUCUGGGAAGUGAGGAGCGCCUCUGCCUGGCUGCCCCGUCUUGGAAGUGAAGAGCCCCUCUGCCCGGCCGCCACCCCAUCUAGGAAGUGAGGAGCGUCUAUGCCCGGCUGCCCCGUCUGUGAAGAAGUGAGGAGUGCCUCUGCCCGGCUGCCCCGUCUUCGAAGUGAAGAGCCCCUCUGCCCGGCCGCCACCCCAUCUAGGAAGUGAGGAGCGUCUAUGCCCAGCCGCCCCGUCUGGGAAGUGAGGAGCGCCUCUGCCCAGCCGCCCCGUCCAGGAAGUGAGGAGCCCCUCUGCCCGGCCGCCACCCCGUCUAGGAAGUGAGGAGCGUCUCUGCCCGGCCGCCCCGUCUGGGAAGUGAGGAGCACCUCUGCCUGGCCACCCCGUCUGGGAUGUGGGGAGCACCUCUGCCCGGCCGCUCCGUCUGGGAGGUCUACCACAGAGCCAGAAGCAAUGUGGGGGCUGGAUGUGGUGGCUCAUGCCUGUAGUCCCAGUUCUCUGGGAGGCUCAGGCGGGUUGAUCACUUGAGGCUAGGAGCUCGAGACCAGCCUGGCCAACAUGGCGAAACAUAUGAAAAACACAACUGUCAAACCAACCAACGAACCAAGCGACAACAAAACAGGUCUACCCUGGAGUCAUACUCUAAUUUUUUCUAUUUUCCUCCCUUUCUGAUCCUUUAUCCCACUUUCUUUUUCUUCCUCUUCCUUCUCCUUCUUCUUUGUCAAAUAGAGGAUUGAGUUAUUAUCAUUGAUCCAUACAAAGUCCCUCUCUCAUUUAUUUUCUUUAAUUCCCACCCCCCAUUUCUAUUCCCCGUCUUCGCAUGUGCAACCUUCCUAAUAUGUUUGAUAUGCAUCUUUUUUGUUAGUAUGUACUUUUAGAAAAUGUUUAUUGUUUUGUGUGCAAAAAUAAAUAAAUAAAAUAAAAUAAAAAUAGAAUAAGAAAAACCGUCAUUAUGAGGGGAAGUUGGAUGGAAGGUGCAGGACGAUGCUGUAGUGCCUUUACAAUAUUUCUGUAUAUCUAAAAUCAUUUCAACAGGAAACAUUUAUUUCAAAACGUGAAGGUUUUGACGACACCAUGAGCCUGCCUUUGUACUUUGAACUCAUGGAAGGAGAACCACCUUCACGUUUUGAAAGAAAUGUUUCCUGUUGAAAUGAUUUUAGAUAUACAGAAAUAUUGUAAAGGCAGGCCGGGCGUGGUGGCUCAUGCUUGUAAUCCCAGCACUUUGGGAGGCCGAGGCGGGUGGAUCACGAGGUCAGGAGAUCGAGACCACGGUGAAACCCCGUCUCUACUAAAAAUACAAAAAAUUAGCCAGGUGUGCCGGGCGCGGUGGCUCACGCUUGUAAUCCCAGCACUUUGGGAGGCUGAGGCGGGUGGAUCACGAGGUCAGGAGAUCGAGACCACGGUGAAACCCCGUCUCUACUAAAAAUACAAAAAAUUAGCCGGGUGUGGUGGCGGGCGCCUGUAGUCCCAGCUACUCAGAGAGGCUGAGGCAGGAGAAUGGCGUGAACCCGGGAGGUGGAGCUUGCAGUGAGCCGAGAUUGCGCCACUGCACUCCAGCCUGGGCGACAGAGCAAGACUCUGUCUCAAAAAAAAAAAAAAAAAAAAAAGAAAUAUUGUAAAGGCACUACAGCGUCCUCCUACACCUUCCAUCCUGCUGCCCCUAAUAAUGAUGUUUUGUAGUAGCAUGGCACAUAAGAAAUUCAGGCCAGGUGUGGUGGCUCACACCUGUAAUCCCAGCAAUUUGAGAGGUCGAGGCGGGAGGUUCAGGUUCACUUGAGUCUAGAAGUCUGAGACCAGCCUGGGAAACAUGGGUGGACCCUGUCUCUAGAGAAAAGUCAAAGAAAUUAGCCAGGCACGGUGGCAUGUGCCUAUAGUCCCACCUAGUCAGGAGGCUGAGGCAGGAGGAUUGCUGGAGCCCAUGAGUUCCAGGAAGCAGUGAGCCAUGAUUGCACCACUGCACUCCAGCCUGGGUGACAGAGUGAGACUUUAUCUCUUAAAAAAAAUUUAAGAAGGCCGGGCGCGGUGGCUCACGCUUGUAAUCCCAGCACUUUGGGAGGCCGAGGCGGGCGGAUCACGAGGUCAGGAGAUCAAGACCACGGUGAAACCCCGUCUCUACUAAAAAUACAAAAAAAUUAGCCGGGCGUGGUGGCGGGCGCCUGUAGUCCCAGCUACUCGGAGAGGCUGAGGCAGGAGAAUGGCGUGAACCCGGGAGGCGGAGCUUGCAGUGAGCCGAGGUUGCGCCACUGCACUCCAGCCUGGGCGACAGAGCAAGACUCUGUCUCAAAAAAAAAAAAAAAGUUAAGAAGUGGGUACAAUCAUAUUAACUAAAUAAUAAUGUGAACUAUUAUCUAAGGUUAUGAAGGUUAUAAUUAUCCCAUUUUUGCCUAACUUCUCAUACCUGUCCUAAGAUCCCACCUGGGACUCACUCUCUGCCUUCAGCUCAUGUCUCUUCAGCUUCCUCCACAUGGUCCAGCAAACACACACCUGAUGAGCUGAUUGCUCAUACACAAGGAUAGACCUGUGGGCAGGGAUUUUCAAAUUUAUACAGUAAAUGAGUUUUCCAUGGUGUUCCGGAGAGCACUCUUUGAGAAACACUUUGACAGUGAAUCUAGGCCUCGAUAUCCAUCAGCUUCUGUAGCUUGAAUUUUGUUCAAGCUCAGUGAACGCUUGCUCUGCCGGGUGCAUGUGAAAGGGGCAAGGAUGAGUAAGCUGCAGAUAAAGAAGACAGGACACAGAGGGUCUGUCUAAGCUCUGUCCCCUGCCUUCAGCACUGACGGAUCAAAUCCAACUCUUAGGGAAUGGUGGCCACGUGCUGGGCCAGCCCCGGGCUCUGAGGAUCUGACAGUGAGUGACGCAGAGCCAGGCCUUGCCCGUGGGGAGCUCUCCAGCAUACACCUCCCUCUCCCCUCACAGCGCCCUGCAAAGCAGGCGUCAAUGCCAUUGUUAAUGCACAGAGGAGGAACCUGACUGUUAGACAGAAUAGACAGUAAAUCCAUUUAAUAGUAAUCAUAUUAUCCAAAAAGAAUGAGGCAUAUUUAUGUGACAUGGGAAGAUCCACAACUAAUGUUAAAUGGUAAAAGAUAUAAAAUGUUAUGCCCAAUAAAUUACUUUCUGUGAGAGAAUAUAUGUUAAUUUAUGCAAGUGGCAUCAAUGCCAUUGUUAAUGCACAGAGGUGGAACCUGACUGUUAGAAUAGAUAGUAAAUCCAUUUAAUAGUAAUCAUAUUAUCGAAAAAGAAUGAGGCAUAUUUAUGUGACAUGGGAAGAUCCACAACUAAUGUUAAAUGGUAAAAGAUAUAAAAUGUUAUGCCCAAUAAAUUACUUUCUGUGAGAGAA